AUGCUCGUCACGGAGAAGUUCGUUCAAGUGCCCAGCGAUGUUGCAACGGAAUUGUAUUCGAGAGGCUUCAAAUUCGACAGCUAUGGCGUCGUCACAUUCAGCGACAACAGCAAGAUACAUCCCCGUCGUUGGGGGUUACGGAGGAAGAUCUAUGACUCGGCGCUCAUUUGCUUCCUGGAGUUGUUCAUGACCCUCAUCAGCAACACCGGAUCAUCCAUUGCCCUGGAGUCGUCAGCAAGUCUCGGACUAGGAAGGACGGUCGCCCUCGUCUGCUUCACGACGGUCUACAUGUUUGGGCAAGCACUUGGAGGCUUGGUGUUUCCCCCGAUGGCAGAGUCAUUCGGCGGACGGACCAUCUACGUAUCGACGACCUUUGGUUACGCGAUCUUCUGUUUAAUUACAGCAGCAUGGCCGAAUGUUCCAUGCAUCAUUAUUGGACGAUUUGGCUCUGGCUUCCUAUCUGCUAUGCCCGCGGUUGUGGCGGCCGGCAGUAUCGAGAAUAUGUGGGAUCUGAAGGCUCGCAUCUGGCUGAUUCACAUCUGGAUUGCUACUGCAGUGCUCGGCCUCGCUCUGGGUCCGCCUAUUGCCACAUACGUGAGCACGUCUUCCUACGGAUGGCCGUGGAUCUUCUACGUGGCCGCCUGUGUCGCCGCAGUCUCUGCCAUUCUCUGCUUCGGUAUGCGAGAAUCAAGACCGUCCCGCUUACUCCGUCAGCAAGUCAGACUCAUCGCCAAGAAGACGAGCUUCGAUGGUCUCUCCGUCGAGGAUGACGAGACGAUGCCGAAUAUCAAGACGUUCAUCAGAACGUCGCUUACGCUCCCCGUGCGACUCUUCAUACGCGAGCCAAUCAUCUUGUUGACUUCUAUUAUGGCUGGGACCGUAUAUGGAGUCACGUACCUUUUCAGUGAAGCAUUUCCCGUCAUUUAUACCGAUGGAUACGGUUUCACGCAUCGGCAGGCCUCGCUUGUCUUCAUCGCCAUUGCCGUGGGAGUUGCAUUUUCGAUCCUCCCUCGAUUCUACGACAUCUGCAUGACCAAGCGACGGCGGAGACAACGUCGCUUUAUCGAACCCGAAGACAAGCUGUUUGGCUUCUACCUGGCCGCGCCUGUACUGGCGAUCGGCCUCUGGUGGUUUGCGUGGACGGUGCCUCCGCUCAUACAAGGAGUCAGUCCAUGGGCAUCCAUCGUGUCUGUUGCAUUGUUUGGAUUCGCGGUCGUGGAGUUCGAUAAUGUCCUGUCAGGAUACCUGACCGACACCUACGCUACAUACGCCGCCUCAGCGAACGCACCCAUGGCAUUCCUGCGAGCAGCACUAUCCAGAAUCUUCCCUCUCUUCGGCACACAAAUGUUCUCCAAGCUAGGCGCCAACAACGCCCUGUUCAUCCUCGCAGGCGUCGCGACAGCCUACUGCGCAGUCGCCGCAUGGUUCGGACUCAACGGCAAGAACAUCAGACAACGCAGUCCGUUCGCAGAGAAGACAUGGGCGGCAUCGCAAAGCUCCGAGCGAUUCCUCUACAUCUCAGCGCCCAUCCAACGGCCUGAGAAAUGCAUUGUCAUCGAUGGGAAGUUCUAA